UAGCGCCGUGCGUGUCAGGUGGUUCUAACUUCCCUGGUAGCUGUCUGUCCCUUAGCUCCAGUUUCUCAGAUCCGGAGGCCCCAGGCGUCACAGGCUCUGCAACAUGUCGAUGCUGGCUGAGCGUCGACGGAAGCAGAAGUGGGCUGUGGAUCCAAGAAACACCACAUGGAGUAAUGAUGAUUCCAAGUUUGGCCAGAGAAUGCUGGAGAAGAUGGGGUGGUCUAAAGGAAAGGGUUUAGGGGCUCAGGAGCAAGGAGCCACAGAUCACAUUAAAGUUCAAGUUAAAAACAACCACUUGGGACUUGGAGCCACAAUCAGUAAUGAAGACAACUGGAUUGCUCACCAGGAUGACUUUAACCAGCUUCUGGCUGAACUGAACACUUGCCAUGGACCGGAAACAGCAGACUCCUCCUCAGACAACAAGGAAAAGAAAUCUUUCAGCCUUGAAGAAAAGUCCAAAACCUCCAAAAACCGUGUUCAUUAUAAGAAAUUCACAAAAGGGAAGGACUUAUCAUCUCGGAGCAAAACAGAUCUGGACUGCAUUUUCGGGAAAAGACAGAGUAAGAAGACUCCAGAGGGUGAUUCCAGUCCUGCUACUGCAGAUGGGAUUGACACCUCCUCUACGACCACCAGUGCCUUCACCAUCCAGGAGUACUUUGCCAAGCGGAUGGCAGAGCUAAAGAACAAGCCGCAGGCUAUGGCUUCAGGGCCCGACCUUCCAGAGACCCAGAUGGAAAGGAAAGGGGGAAAGAAAAGAAAGAAAGAGGCAAGAGAUACAAAUGUGGAGAAUUACACGCAACCCAAGAUCAAGAAAAAGCAAGACCAAGUUGAACAGCAGCUCAAAGACCCUCACUGGCACGAGAAUUCUGAUGCUUACUCUGAGGGUGGAGAGAAUCAUGUGCGGCCACUGGAUGGCCAGGACUUACCACCAAAGCCCAAAAAGAGAGAAAAGAAAAACCUACAAAAGCAAGUUGAGACAGUAGUGGAUGCUACACUAGAUGAAACGCCAGUGAGAAAGAAGAAGAAAAAGAAGAAAGGUUCCAAAUAAAGUCUCUCGAGCCAGGGCCUUCCAGCCACUCAGGUGUCAGGACGCUGCCAGGCAAACAGCUUGGCCCAGAGUCAGAGCACAGUGCACCCCGGAGAGUCUGUGCACAUCUUUAACAUGCCCGUGGACUGCCGAGUCUCGCCCUCUCUCCACACGUUCCCAAAUCGUAUUCCCAGAAGAACUUAAUGUUCCAAAUCAUGGCUCUCAUAAACAGAUUUCUUUGUAGAUUCCGA